CUGCCCACCCAGCCCGAAUCACAACCAUGGUAGUUCCAACGGUUGACAUAGUCGAUGCACGCAGCCACACCGCUCUCAGCGGCCCCGACCACACCCCCCUCCGCGAUGAGAUCCUCAAGGGCCUCGCGCACCCCGCAGGCAGCAAGACUCUGCCUACGAUGUUGCUCUACGACGAACGUGGUCUCCGGCUGUACGACAGGAUCACGACUGAGGCACCCGAGUACUACCUCUUCCCCGCCGAAGAAGAAAUCCUCAAGACUCACGGCGACGACAUUGCUCGCUACAUGCAUGCCGCGAAUGACGGCAGAGUCGUAGACGAGGUUGUUGUUGAGCUUGGUGCCGGGGCCCUCAGGAAGACAUCACACAUUCUGCGAGCUAUAUCGCACCUAGUCCCCGCGCAGAUGGACAACCCACCCGCCACCUACUACGCCCUUGAUCUUGAGAAGCGCGAGCUCGAGCGCACGCUUGCUGAGCUCGCCAAUUCUGACGUUGGCGCCGAGCUACAAGGCAAGGUGGAGACGAAAGGUCUCUGUGCGACAUACGAAGAUGGCCUGGCAUUCAUUCAGUCUGGCGGCCUCCAGACCAAGCAAGGACACAUGCCCGAGCAUGUCCGUGAUCGAUACAAGGUUGAACGGAUCAACGGUGCGAGGGACCCGUCUCCGAGUUCGUCGGCCAGCGAAGAUACCGAGUUAACACCGCCGUCGACCCCUGGCAAUGAACACGCACGGUUGCAUCUGCUCUUCUUGGGCUCCUCGCUCGGAAACUUUGGCAGAGGUGAAGAUGCAGCGUUCUUGCGUUCGCUGCCGCUUGAGCCCGGUUCAGGGAACACCAUCCUUAUCGGACUUGACCACGGCGAUGAUCCCGAGACUGUUGAGGUCGCGUACAAUGACCCAAAGGGUAUCACGAAGGAUUUUAUCAUGAACGGCCUCAGAGCUGCCGGACGCACUCUGGGUGACGAGAACCUGUUCGAUGACGAUAGCUGGGAGUACGUUGGCAAGUAUAACGAGCACCUCCAAAGACACGAAGCGUAUUACAAGUCGAAGACGGAGCAGACGGUCGUCGAACCUUCUACAGGCGCAGAUUUUACAUUCCUACCUGACGAACUCGUCCGGAUUGAGGUGUCGCACAAGUACCCUGAAGAAUCGGUUCACAAACUCUUCACUGAUGCCAACUUGCGUCCCAUACACCGCUGGACGGAUAGCACCUCGAGGUACUCGCUCUGGCUGUUAGAACGCCCACAAUUCAUGUUCCCGCUCCUCACAACGCCGACCCCGACGUCUACACCGUUCGGGUUGCCCACCAUCCAAGAAUGGCAUGACAUGUGGGCUGCCUGGGACUUCAUUAACCGGCGCAUGAUUCCUUCGUCGAUGCUCUUUGAGAAGCCGAUUGAUCUUCGACACAUCUGCCUAUUCUACCAGGGCCACAUUCCGGCUUUCCUCGACAUCCACCUCUCGCGCCUGCUGCAGGAACCACACACAGAGCCCGAGAACUUCAAGUACAUCUUUGAGAGGGGCAUUGAUCCGAAUGUCGACGACCCGACCCAGUGCCAUCCGCACUCCGAAGUUCCUCAGCGUCCGGAGGACUGGCCACCUCAUGGUUCCAUUCUAGCCUUCCAGAGCAGGGUUCGCACUCGCCUCCUGAGACUCUACGAGGACAUUGCUGCUGGCAAGAUCACUCUCACUCGAAAGGUUGCACGAGUACUAUUCAUGACCCUUGAGCACGAGGCCUUCCAUGCCGAGACUCUCUUAUACAUGCUGCUGCAGCGUGCGGGGACCGGCACCAUCCCUCCAAGCGGCUUUGUCCCGCCCGCAUGGGAAAUCCUCGCGAAGUUGUGGGACACUGCCCCUCGGCCUCCCUCUGCCACUGUUUCCCUCGGUCCCGAGACAAUCACGCUUGGACACGACGACGCCGAAGCUGACGACGCGUCAACUGAUGUCGCUGGCCACGAGUUCGGCUGGGACAACGAGCACCCGCGGCGCCAGGUGCACGUCGGGCCAUUCAAGAUUGACUGGAGGCCUGUCACGAAUGGCGAGUUCUACGAGUUCUACCACGGCGCAGGGAAGGGCAAGGUGCAGUACCCUGCAAGCUGGGUGGAGGUGGACGGCGAGACUCAGGUUCGCACAUUGUACGGUCCCGUCGCGAUGAAGAUUGCGCGGGACUGGCCCAUCGUCACUUCGUGCGAUAACCUGUCGACAUAUGCCAAGGUUAAGGGCGGUCGCCUGCCUACAGAGCCUGAACUCUGUCUGUUCUUCGACAAGUUCAAUUCUGGCUACGAGGGUGGCGCGAACGUCGGCUUCCGUAACUGGCACCCCGUUCCAGCCACAUAUGGGCUGGACACUAACGGUGGCAAAGGGCACAACGGCGGCGUGUUUGAAUGGACUUCCACGAUUUUCGACACACACGAAAGGUUCGUUCCGUCGAAGCUUUACCCUGGCUACUCGACGGACUUCUUCGAUGGUCACCACCAAGUUGUGAUUGGUGGCUCCUAUGCGACUGCACCACGCCUCGCGGACAGGCGCACGUUGAGGAACUACUACCAGCACAACUACGCGUACGCUUGGGUUGCUGGGCGGGUUGCCUAUGAUGUAUAGGCGCAUUCUCCUCAAUCUCGACUGUAUCGCCAACACAAACGGAUAUUGUAUCAACUCCCAGUGAACUCGCACGAUAGACUGCCCAGGCGGACCCCUGAUUCAGUGUAAAUUUAUUUAUGGACAGGGGCCUUUAUAUGUAUGUACUCGUAGCAAUAUCGAAAGGCCUGGGAUCACGAACCUCUAUUACGCACCUCGAGCACGACCCAUG